ACUGAUAACUUAUCACCUGCCUCGUAUUAUGGAAAACCUGUUCGUCGCCCUUUCAGCGCGGUCAUGUUCUGUGAAAACUGUUUACUUGUGCAUUAUUAAAACAAUGUGAUCCAUGGUUUUUAUCAGGAUGACUUAUUGGCUGUUGCUCUUUGGAGGAUUAUUUGUGUGUGUUUAUACUCAAUUUAGUGAAGAUGAAGAGUGUAGCCCAAAAUGCGUGGGAGAAGAGUACGUGUGCCUAAACAGCAAGUGUUACUGCGCUGAUGGAUUCCUGCCUAACCGCUUUCAGAAUUCCUGUGUCAAAUGCCCAGGGCUGGGCGAGAAGUGUUUCGGCCCGUGCUGCAGCCACAAUGGCAACACGAGCCUGCACUGUUGGUACGGAAUCUGCCAACCCUGCACAGACCCCGCUGGCAACUGGAUUUGUCGAGACUCCUUAGACCAAAUUCUCUUGGUGACCACGACGCAAGCUAUCAUGGGGACAGCAUUAAUUUUAGGAAUUAUAGCAACAUUUGUUUUGCUCUUCAAGUUAUGCGCUACGACCGAUAUAAGACCAAUGGGCCGCGGAGCAAACUAUGACAGCCGGCUUUCCAUAGGGAGUUUACAACUUUACGUCGAUGAGAGGCUCCGGAAUGCUCCACCGAGAUAUUCGAGAACACCGGCGACGACGGAUUCGUCCACAUAUCCAGCCAUAUCAUACCUGAAUGAUGGUUUUGUGCACGAUUGCAGUGUGCCGCCACCGCCUUAUACAGAAGAAGUCAAAGACGAAACUCUACAACCGACAAGUAGAGAGAAUCCAGCGUUACAUAUAUAACAAUUAAUAUUAAUAAACUGACAUAAUUCUCCCUCCCGGCAUUAAUCACGGUUACAUCCUUACCUCUCUCGAGAGGGAGGAGACCGGGGUGCGCACAUUAGUAAGUGUAAAAAAAUUGUGGUGAAUAAUACUGCUCCCUUAUUCAGGAACAUUUAUAUGGCAUGUCUUAUCUUCCCCUCUCUUGCGAUCACCACAAAGUUACAAAGGGAGUAUUCGUGAGCCCCUGAUCUCUUAAAUGGCUGGACCAAUUCAACUUGCCUUUAAUUAUACAGUAUUAGACAAUAAGGAUACAAAAUAUUUUUGUGAGUUAAAAUUUUGUAGUAAGUAAAUUAGAAAGUUUAGAAUAAUAUAAAUGUAAUGUGAAAAUAUUGAAUACAUAAAGUAUUUUUGUACAAAUCAUAAUGAUAUUCUUCGAUUAUGAUGUUUCAAAUAAGUGUGGUGAAAUUCCGACUGCACAUUAAGGUCACAAUUAAGGUCUUAAUUUAUAGUAUUGACUCGAGUAUGUUAAAAACACAAAUGUGUUACAAAUUUACAUUAAGUAGGCUAUUUUAAUUUUCCGUGUAUAUAUACAUUUAUGUGUAGCUAUUGAAAAUAGAAUUUCCAAUUGAAAUAACUGUGAUGUCAUAAAUCGAGCCUUUAAGUAAAUCUUACGACUUUCAAUGAA